AUGCACACACGUGCAUGUGACACUGAUGAGGACUGGAAUCCAGAGCCCAGUCCUAAGCGACGGAAGAGACCACGGAAGUCAUCUUCAUCAUCUUCAUCUGAAUCUGCUGCAGCUACAAGAGGUAGAGGGAGAGGUAAAGGGCGAGGGAGAAGGAGCCAGUCAGUCCCUGCUGUGUCCCCUAGCACCUCACAGGUAAGUUGGCAUAAUGUGGAUGAGGAUGACGUUGGGCCUUCCAAGCCGGUGUUUAGGCCUGCUAGAGAACUUGGGCCACAGUUGGUGAAAACUGCAUCCUACACAGCACUGCAGUUGUUUCAGCUUUUCUUUUCUGCAUCUGUGCUGCAAACCAUCGUUCAGCACACAAAUUCCUUUGGAUCCAGAAAUCACCAGGGAAGAGACAAGGCAUGGCAGACCAUCUCUGUUGAAGACUUGAAGUCGUACCUGGCACUGGUUGUAUACAUGGGUCUUGUGAAGGUCUCUUCUGUGACUGAUUACUGGAGGAGGUCUCAAGUCUAUAGUAUUCCCCUUCCUGCUAAGAUCAUGUCCUGUAGGAAGUUUCUGAACAUCACAAACGCUCUUCAUCUUCGCGAUCCUCAGGAUGAUGAUGAAAAUGAAAGGAAGAAGGGAACAGCAUCUUAUGACCGCUUGGGGAAGAUCAAGCCUCUGUAUGACAACAUGAGGGAUGCCUGCAGAACAUUUUUUCAUCCAAGUCAGAACAUCUCCAUAGAUGAGAGGAUGGUGGCAUCAAAGGCGAGGUCUGGACUAAAGCAAUACAUGAAGAACAAACCCACUAAAUGGGGCUACAAUCUUUUUGUCUUGGCAGACUCACUAAGUGGUUACACCUGUGCGUUCUUUGUGUAUCAGGGUAAGUCCAUGCCAUCCCAGAAUGGGCUGAGUUAUGAGUCUGUCAUGUCACUCAUAGACGAAAAGAUGUUGGGCGCUGGUUCCAAGCUGUAUGUUGACAACUUUUACACCAGUCCCAUGCUUUUCAGAGACCUCCUCUCAAAGAGGAUUUGGGCUUGUGGCACCAUUCGUCCUAACAGGAUUGGUUUCCCUAAGACCACCACCAACAGAUUGCCGCGGAAUGCUCCACGAGGGUCCAUUCAAUGGCUCAGAGAGGAUGAGCUGCUGUUUGUGGAAUGGAAAGACACCCGGGAAGUACUGAUGUGUUCUACAUUCAACAAAGCAUAUGAAGGUGACACAGUGCAAAGGAGGAUCAAGGACAAUGAUGGGCAGUGGUCCCAAGUGUAUGUACCUAUUCCAGGUGCUGUGCUGGACUACAACAGGUUCAUGGGUGGGGUGGACCUGUCUGAUGCCCUCAUUGGAUACUACAAAGUGCUCCACAAGACAAGGAAAUGGUAUCGGACCUUCUUUAACCACUUUGUAGACAUUGCUGUUGUCAAUGCCUUCAUUUUGCAUCAGCAUCUGGCUAGAGAAAAGAAGGAAAGACCUUUGACCCAGAAAGCAUUCAGGGAAACGCUUGUUCUGGAACUUGCUGGCUUGGAAUCAGCCACAGCUGCUCCUCCAGCUUCGAGUGUCGUCUGCCACAACCCAAAGCACAUCACAGAUGACAGCACUGCUGGCCGCCGAAAGUGCACGCUUUGCCAUCAGAAGACACCAGUCAUGUGUGCAACCUGUGAGGUGUCACUGUGUUUUCUGCCUAAGCGUUUCAAUGUCUGGCAUGCACAGGGUGGGAAAUAUUAAUCAUGUUUUUAGUUUACGUGUUACAUUGUAUACAAAGUUCAAAUCUAAUAGUUGUUCCAGAAAUGUUCCCAGGUUUAGGUGGAUCCAUCAGACCCUGAAAAAUUGUUCCGAGGAGGGAGAUGAAGGGAGUUGAAGCCAUUGCUGGUGUGAGACUAUAACAGCGAGGGAUGCAUGACCAUGGGUGUCUUCUGAGUCGGCGCAGUUGAAGCAAGUGUGACAGACUGGAUUGAGGCAGUAUAGAGGCUUUGUUUCCCAGUUGGUUAGAGGACAAACCUUCUUCGUGACUGCCUUGAAUGUCUUCCUAUAGUUUGUAAAAGUUGUUUUAGUAACUGGAUAAUUAUAAUAAUUAGUAGUUA